GGAGCAGGAAGAUGGCGACACGAAGCGUCUUCGCUUCGCUCCUCGUCGCUACCUUCAUUGCCUCUUUGCUUCCUGCGCCGGCUUCUUGCGAUGGCUCCCGGUGGGAGCAUCGCCUGCGCGUGGUGACGACGGCGCUGCACGAGUACCAGCCGUGCGUGCAGCAAAACUGCUCGUGCCAUCGCGGGGUGCUGGAGUCGGACCUCGCCCCGUUCAGCGGGGGGAUCGCAGAGGCCGACGUGAAGGAGAUGGUGGCACGGGGCGUCGGCACGCACUACCAGGUGUUAGCCCACCGGCUGUACCGCGAGGACGCGUGCAUGUUCUCCGCUCGGUGCAGCGGGGUUGAACACUUCCUGCUGGAGUUGCUGCCGGAGCUGCCGGACAUGGAGCUGGUGGUGAACGUGCGCGACUACCCGCAGGUGCCGGCAUGGAUGCCGCUGCGUCCCGUCUUCUCCUUCAGCAAGACAAAGGAGUACCGGGACAUCAUGUACCCGGCGUGGACGUUCUGGGAGGGCGGCCCUGCCGUGUGGCCCCUCUACCCUACGGGGCUUGGACGCUGGGACCUCAUGAGAGACGACCUAAGCAAGACCGCAGCACGGUGGCCUUGGGAGAAGAAGAAGACUCGGGGGUUUUUCCGCGGCUCCAGGACGAGUGCGGAGCGAGACCCCCUGGUGCUGCUGUCUCGGCGCGAGCCAAAACUCGUGGAUGCCGCCUACACCAAAAACCAGGCGUGGAAGUCGGACAAGGACACGCUGGGAAUGCCACCGACGAAGGAAAUCGGCCUGGUUGACCACUGCCAGUACAAGUACCUGUUCAACUUCCGCGGCGUGGCGGCGAGCUUCCGCUACAAGCACCUCUUCCUGUGCGGCUCACUCGUGCUACACGUAGGCGACGACUGGCAUGAGUUCUUCUACCAGCAGCUGAAGCCCUGGGUCCACUACGUGCCCGUGCAGCAGGAUCUCUCCGACGUCCGGGAGGUCUUGGAGUUUGUGAAGAACAAUGAUGAUGUCGCACGGGAAAUUGCCGAAAGGGGGCAGAAGUUCAUCUUGGAUCACCUGAGGAUGGAGGACGUCUCCUGCUACUGGCGGAGCCUCCUGCAGCGCUACGCCUCCCUGCUCAAGUACAAACCCGAGCGCAGGGUGGCGUACCGGGAGAUCCGGGCCACGCGGCACAAGAACGAGCUGUGACGCCGCCGCCGCUCGGAGCUUCUCCCCGCCACCACGGUCGCCUCGACGUGGCGAUGUUCCCCGGUGGGAAACGUGCCGGUAUAUACGAUGGAACGCUGUCCCUGCUGUUGAGGAAGUCACAUGACGUGUGUAUUACGACGGGGCGCCGUGGUGGCGAGAUGCUAACUUCCUCGCCCGGUAUACAGGAGGUCGUGGGAUCGAUCCCGACCCUGAUGCCUGCUGUAUAUUUGGAGUUUGCGGUGUCUCUCUCCCCGUGGGUCGCGUGGUUUUUUUUCCGGGUCCUCCGGUUUUUACCUCCACAUUUGGAAAUACGCGUUUAGAGUAUUUGGUUUCUAUAAAUGUCUACAUAAGCCACUUCAUUGAGCUAUCAUCUGUGGCCAGAUCACUACUGAAAAAUAGCUAUAAAGCUUAGUGGCCCUUACCUGGUAAAAUAAAAGAUAGCAAAAAAGUUAAUUCUAGAUUUGAAGUUUUCGUGACUGCAAGGAUUCAUACUCUUAGUUUUUUUCGGUAAAGUCACGUAGGUAGAAAUAAUAAUAAAAUAAUAAUAAAUGCAAAAUAACUAAAUAAAAUCACGACGUUUCGGAGGCAACACAAGUCUCCGUCUUCAGUUGGAACCGUCACAGCAAAAAGUUAUUUUGCAUUCAUUAUUAUUUUAUUUUAUUAUUAAUUUUUUACCUACGUGACUUUACCGAAAAAACCUAAGAGUAGCAAAAAAGUUACUACGUCAUUGCAUUGCGGCAUGAUAUCAUUGCGUUGCGGGACGUCAUUGGCUCUGAACGUGGCUUCUUAUCUCGGACAAGAGUCUGCUGUUGUUAUUUUAUGAAUCUAGAAAAAACUGGCGCUUCAGAUGAUCUAGCACGUGUCCCAGCACUGCUCCGUGAGAUUUCCUCGUGGAUUUUUCACGAUGCGGACAGCACAGCCGCAGUACAAUUGGGAGGGAAAUAAACAUGAAAGAGAUACAAAAAAAUGAAAUGGUUAAUUUUACUCUCAAACACUGCUCAUUCUUGCGACAGUGACGUUUUAAGAAAUAUAUUUUUUAACAAAUAAACAUCUCUGUAGUAGGAUUCACAUCACACCGUUGUGUUGCUGCAACUUGUAAUGUCCAUCACUGGUUUUACAAAUAAUGGGAUUUUUAAUAAAAGAGAAUGCAACUUGCCUUGUGGCAAAGCAACCUGGA